AUGCCGUGUCGCGCCCCAGCUCAACCCCAGGUCGAGCACGCCUCUGAUGAUAGCGUCCACUCCCUUGUCGACGUAGACAGCCCGCACAUCUCUUCCGUUCCCUCCGACUACGAGUCGCAAGAAAUCAAGACCGACACUCAGGCUGAGCGCAUCGAACGCGAAGAGGAAAUCAAGGAAGAAGUCAAGAACGUCAAAGAACGGGCUGCUGCAAAGAAGGAUGCCGCGAAGGAGAAGGUGAAGAAAAACGCCGAUAACCCGGUUGUGCUGAGCAAUGCGGUCGGUCUGGCCGUCGUUGGUGGCAUUGUUGGAUUCGGCGCAUACAGGCAGUAUGUUCGCGGCGAGUUGACCGGCAAGGUCGUCGCAGCAUGGGCUGCUGUCAUUGGACUAUUUGGUGUUGGCGACUACUAUGUCAGCCAAUACUUCUUCAAGCGCAACCCCCCGAAAUAG